CAUCAUCACUGUUCACCUUCACCUACCCGCUCUUUAGCUUACGUGUCCCUUCCUUGCCAGUCAUUUCUGAGAUUCCUUCCCCCCGUCCUAUUCUACUUGUCUCCCUUUGUAUUUAUAUGCACCACUGCUUCUCUCUUCCCCACUUCUCUCUCUCUCUCUCUCUCUCUCUCUCUCUCUCAAAACUCGAGCAGAAACACAAGAAUAAUGGGUAGUCUUGAAGAGGAGAGAACAACUGUGGGAUGGGCUGCAAGAGACUCUUCUGGGAUUCUCUCACCUUACACCUAUUCUCUUAGAAGCACAGGUCCAGAAGAUGUUUAUAUCAAAGUCCUCAACUGUGGAAUUUGCCAUUCUGAUCUUCACCAGAUCAAAAAUGAACUUGGGCAAUCAAACUAUCCCAUGGUUGCUGGGCACGAAGUGGUUGGUGAGGUUUUGGAGGUGGGAUCAGAUGUGACCAAGUUCAAAGUAGGAGAUUUGGUCGGAGUCGGACUCCUUGUAGGUUGCUGCAGAAACUGCAGCCCAUGCAAGACAGAGAAUGAGCAAUACUGCAACAAGAAGAUCUGGUCUUACAAUGACACCUACUCUGAUGGCAAACCCACCCAAGGUGGCUUUGCCAAAGCCUUGGUUGCCGACCAAAAGUUUGUGGUGAAGGUACCGGAGGGGAUGGAGCCGGAGCAGGUGGCCCCGCUACUUUGUGCCGGGGUGACAAUUUACAGCCCACUGAGGCACUUUGGUCUGGAUGUGAGUGGAUUAAGGGGAGGGAUAUUGGGACUUGGAGGUGUUGGACACAUGGGGGUGAAGAUAGCAAAGGCUAUGGGACACCAUAUCACCGUGAUAAGCUCUUCUGAUAAGAAGAAAAAAGAGGCCUUGGAGCAUAUUGGUGCUGAUGAGUACUUGGUGAGCUCUGAUGCCACCCAAAUGCAAGAGGCUAUGGACUCACUGGAUUACAUUAUUGACACCAUUCCAGUGUUCCACCCUCUUGAGCCUUACCUCUCUUUGUUGAAGCUUGAUGGGAAGUUGAUCUUGAUGGGUGUUAUCAACACCCCAUUGCAAUUUGUCUCUCCAUUGGUCAUGCUUGGGAGGAAGACGAUCACCGGGAGCUUUGUGGGGAGCAUGAAGGAGAUGGAGGAGAUGCUCGAGUUCUGCAAAGAGAAAGAGCUGAAAUCGAUGAUUGAAGUGGUGAAGAUGGACUACAUCAACGAAGCUUUCGAAAGGUUGGAGAAGAACGACGUUAGGUACAGGUUCGUUGUGGAUGUUGCCGGCAGCAAUCUUGAUCAAUAAGAAAGAAAGAAGGCAUCAUCGAGUGUUGUCCUAUUUUUAUCGAGUACUCUGUCUCAUCUUAUCUUAAACAAUACAAAUAAACAAAGGAAAAAACGAAAACGGUGGCCUCAUGUAAUUAGACGUUGGUUUUGUUUUCAACUCUUUGGUUUUGUUUUCAACUCUUGGAUUGAAUGAAUGAUCCUGCAUUAUUGUUGUGGUGAUGGAGACAUUGUUAUUUGGUGUGUGGUCGACACUGAAAGGUACCAAACUUGGGUUUAAGAAUUGCGUCUUGUCACAACAACAAUAUUGUUCAAUCGAAAAAUGGAAAAAGAAAG